AUGUCCAAGACCUUCACCACCGCCGAGGUUGCCCAGCACAAGACCGAGAAGGACAUGUGGCUCAUUGUCGAGGACGGCGUCUACGACAUCACCGCUUUCCAAUCAGAGCACCCCGGUGGUGAGAAGAUCCUCAAGCGUUUCGCCGGCAAGAACGCCACCAAGGUCUUCUGGAAGUACCACAACGAGAAGGUCCUCGAGAAGUACGGCGGCAAGCUCAAGAUCGGCACCGUCGGCGAGAGCGCCAAGCUUUGA